GUUAAUUGCAAAGGAAUAGCCUCAUUCUGUCCGUGUCUGCAUCCGAAACCAAAACAGAUGUGGCGCACCACUUUAGACAGCAGCACCAUGAGAGCCCUGCGCCUUCGUUCCUUCCUCUUCUCUUCAUCUUCUUCCUCUUCCUCUUCUUGUUGUUCACUCAUCAACAUUUUCUGCCCAUCCUCCUCCUCCUCUUCGUUUACGACUUUGACUACAAUCAUCUCUCACUCUUUUCUUCCUUUUCCCCCAACGACGCGCGUCUUGUUCACCGACUCGCGCCGCUUCGGCUCCCCUGUUCCGCGCUGCGUUUCGUCCCUCCCCACCCUCGACUGGAACGACGCCGUUUCCUGCUCUGAGGUCGAGGUUGACGCCAAUGCCGCCGACGGCGGCGAUGACGGAGCCGUCGACCAAGACACAAAGCCUUCUAUUGCCGUCAGAGCCUUCUUCUUCUCUACUAGUGUUGAUUUAAAAAGCUUGGUGGAACAGAACAAAGCAAACUUUGUCCCGCCAUCAUCACGCAUGACUAAUUAUGUAGUUCUCAAGUUUGGAGAUAUUUGUGUUUCCAAGGGUCCAGGUACUUUCUUGAGUGGACGCAAUGGCUGUUACAUGGUGGUUUUUCAGUAUGGUUCCAUUGUAUUGUUUAAUGUCCCUGAGCAUGAGGUUGAUGCUUAUUUGAAAAUUGUUAAGAAGCAUGCAUCUGGUCUGCUUCCUGAAAUGAGAAAGGAUGAGUAUGAAGUUAGAGAAAAACCAGCUUUAAGCACAUGGAUGCAAGGUGGACUAGAUUACAUAAUGUUACAAUACUUGAACAUCGACGGCAUUCGAACUAUUGGUAGUGUUCUAGGUCAAAGUAUUGCUCUUGAUUACUAUGGUCGGCAGGUUGAUGGAAUGGUUGCAGAAUUUACAGACAUAAACCGAGAGAUGGAAGCAACUGGAAAAUUCAAAAUGCAAAGGAAGAAACUUUUCCAGUUGGUGGGCAAGGCAAAUUCAAAUCUUGCUGAUGUGAUUCUAAAGCUUGGACUAUUUGAGAGAUCAGAUAUUGCUUGGAAAGAUGCCAAAUAUGCUCAGAUAUGGGAAUAUCUCAGGGAUGAAUUUGAAUUAACUCAGAGAUUUGCUAGUCUUGAUUUCAAGUUGAAAUUUGUGGAGCAUAACAUCCGUUUUCUACAAGAAAUUCUUCAAAAUAGGAAAUCUGAUUUCCUAGAGUGGCUCAUUAUUGCAUUGAUUGGUGCUGAAAUUCUUCUGUCUCUCUAUGACAUUGUUCAUCGGUCUGCCAUGAAAUUUUAGCAGCAUUUUUUCUGGUGGCAUGUAAGGAAGUUGCCAAUUUUCAUGACCAGGGUUAUUCAAUAAAAUGAUAUCUUUAUUGCCAAUACCUGUAGUCCAAAAAGGUAAAGUAAGGGCGUAUUUAUAAAAUAUUUAUUUAUUUAUUUAUUUUUUAAUUCUGGACUAUUAACUUACUCCUUGUUAUAUUAAUAUUACGCGAGUUUUAUGAAGAAGUGUGUUAAAAAUGGUAUACUCUGCUAUUGUUAAAACUCUAGACCAAGAAGAAAUUCGAGGGAAGUUGGUUCCGUGUAUUUCAGAGAGGAUUUUCUUCA